AGUGAAAAGUCACAGUGGUUUUAAAAAUGCAUGUGUUUGUAUCUCGAAGCCAAACAUAAGUCGGGUGCCAGACGAACCGACCUGCAGUUCUUCAAGGGCCGCUGAACGAGGCCUGUCUCUGGUCGACUGCUGUGCCGCCAUCCGGAGUCGGGGCUGACGGAGGCCUAGAGGAGGACCACCGAGCAGCAUUUGGGAGGACUGACGGAGUCCACAGAGGUCUGACGUGGCGAUCUGGGCUAACAUGUCUCGUGUGACCAUCUCCCUACUUCUGGUGGCGGUGGCCGGGUUUGCCAGCAGCGAUACUGAGGUAUUGGUAAAUGAAGAGCUCGCCAUCCCGUCUCUGUUCAGCCCUACGCGGUACCUGAUGGUGAGACCGGUGUCCAACCCCUCUGAGAAGAUCCGCGUCAGCACCGGCGUUUCUCUGGUUGACGUGGACUUCCAGGAGUCUGCCAACACGGCCACGCUGGGUGGGUGGCUGCAGCUGGAGUGGCUCGAUCAGCGGGUGAGCUGGAGCGGCGGCAAUGUGACAAAUACGCGCGUCAAUCCGGCCAACAUCUGGAGUCCGGACCUGACCGUCUACGAUCGGCUGCCCGUGACGGCCAACUGGGUGUUGCCGAUGCCGGCGGUCGUCUACCGCAACGGCAAGGUGCUGAACGUGCCGCCGGUGAGCUUCACAGUGCGCUGCCAGCGCCGACAGACCGACACACAGGACCGCGUCACCUGUCCCUUCAAACUGGGCUCCUGGACGCACAGCGUCGAGGAGAUGGAGCUGGUGCUGAAGAGCAAGACCAUCAGCACCGACGAGAUGAUCAACAACGGACGCUGGACGGUCGAGUCGACAUCGCUGGCCUACAAAGAACGGCAGUACGAUUGCUGCGAGGAGAUGUACGGUCACAUCCAGGGCGAGAUCGUUCUGAAGCCUCAGCUCUCUUAGGCCCGUUGUACCAACAUGUAGAAAGGUGAUGGCGCCAGCCGUCUCUACGUAACUUCUUCAGACAGUCCAGCGCAGGAUGACUACGUCGGUGGUGUUGUUACCGUUUAAGUAACUCAGUAUAUGCACCGUUGAGUGUCGAUGCAUUCGCUGUAAUAAUACAUUUAUAGCGGCUGCC